UUCCGAAUUUUAUUAUUAAUACUCGUAGUUUUCUCAUAGAAGUUUAGUCAAGAAUUAUCCAUCAGUCGAUCCGGAGAGUAUAACUAGGUAAAUAUUGAAUUUGGAAAGAUAGGUAAUCUACUAUUUAUAAUCUAAUAUCUACUCCAUGGCACAGUCAAAGGAGAAAGAAGCACAGGGUGAGGCACUCCCUUCAUAUGAAGAUGUCUCCGGCCCCUCGAUCGUCACAGAGACACCGGAAACGGGGCCGACAGCUGCCUCCCCUUUCAAUUUCCCUCCUGAUAGUGACCUACCACCAUACUCGGCUUUAGCAGCCAACACUAGCGAUCAGUGUCCUAUCGCAAUCCCCCAGAUCAAAGCAGACCCCACCUCCCCUUUCCUCGAAGCAUCCUCGCCAUCACUACUACGCCAUGGAAUCACACAAGAGACUUGGCUCGGAUUCAUCCGCACUCUAUCAGGCUUCCUAGCGGCGACCGUCUCACAGAAAGCCGUCAGCCAUGCCGGCGACAUGGCGCAACACGUCGGCGACGUGCCCAAGCGCUUCGGCAAGGAGACGAUGGCGCACAUUAAAGCCUCAGGCCAAACCAUUAAGGAUACCGCCAAGUCGGGGAACGUGGUCGGCGCCGCAGUUCAUGUCGUAGGUGCCACCAUCGUCAUUCCAGUUGCCACCGCCCUCCGGGCCGUCGGCGCCGCAGUCGGACUUCCGUUCGCGGCUAUAAACGCCGUCAGCCGGGAGCCGAAGACGCCAAAGGAGCGCGCUAUUGCAUACACAGCCGCCGCGAACAUCGAGUGGUUGCACCGGCGCGGGCUCGACGCCCAUCUGCUGGACACAGCGGAACUAGGUCAGAUUCUUGGCCUGUCCGCCGACGAAUUACUGCAGACUUCACGCGGGGCCAAGGACGCAAGCGCGGAAGGGCAGCUAGCUGCCCUGGGAGCACAUAUUGCAGAGCUUAAUGUACGGGUUCUUGGCCCGCUUGAGUUGGAAGCUAGGACUUUUUGGUUGGUGGUUACGGAGAGGAAUGAGGAUUAGGAAGAUAUGAGUGAGAAGGGCAAGGAGAAGGAGAAGAAAAAGGGAUAAGCGGUAUAAAGAUCAUACGUAUUUAUAGGGAUUAUACUGGAAGCAUUGGUGGAUCUAUUGUGCAUCGAUAGAAAGGAAUUGCCUGAUGAGUAUGGUGGAUUUCUGAUAGCAACCUGAAAGGGAUUCAGGAGCGGAAAGACCCUUAUAAGUAUGAUCAAAGGCUUAAGUAGAGAAAUACCCUAGAUUUAUCAUGUCUGAUCAUCUAUUAACAAGAAUAAAUUUAAGGCGUAGGAAAUAGUGAGUUCCGAUUUAUACCCUAAAUCCCGACCCGGGUUCAUUGUAUUUCAUAACUAACU